ACGUCAUGUGAGAGCGUAAUCCCGCACGUCCGCUACCUACAACAAAUCUAUUUCUUACUUCGAUUUGUGCAUGCGUCUUUUGGAGAAGUUUCCACUUAAACAGGCACUGCUAUGGUUAGAUGUGUUAGCAAUGACUGAUGUUGAAUCAACAUAUGAAGACUUCAUUGCAUCAGAAAGAAGCGGGCGACGGAAUGCACUACAUGAUAUACUCGGGGUCCCAGGCGAUUUGAAACCCAGUGAUUUGGCCCAUAGAUUGUCUGAACUUAAUGUAAAUAAAAUAGGUGUGGCUGAUGAUGCCGAGAAAGGGCAGGGACCUUCAAAAGACCCCUCUGCAGAAUCGCAGGAGAGAAAAGAGAAGGGCACGUAAUGGGAAACCGUGACACCUAGUGGCCAGAAGACUGCUAUGUUCCAUUUUCUUGUGACUGUCGGUCUUAACGUCCCAGUUUCGGGAACAUAAGCGCGCAUAUCAAACAUGCAGGCUCCUUUUGGGGAACUCCCUUUUGUAACUGUAGGCAGAGGAAGGACCCUUGCAUUAUCUGUGUGGGUCCCAAAGCUCACUGUAACUGACUGUGCCUCCGUUUUCAGUAACGGUUGAGGGAUUUUGGCAUCCUCGUCAGGUCUAUGAUUAAAGUGACAUGUUACGUCAUCUUAGUUGAUGAUAUAGGAGCCAUCAAUGUAGAGGUUUACUAAUAAUCGUUCCUUUGGCCACAGUGGGUAUCCAGGGUUUUAGGGUCGAUUGGGGUUUCUGCUGAUAGAGAAGGAAUAUGAUGAAUUCUGUUAUGGAAAGGACAAGCCGACAGGGGCUGUUUUUUAAUCAAAAUAUGUCCAUAAACUGAAAACAUCCUCACUCUUUUCCAACUUCUGAGGCUUAGCCUAUGGAUGUAAAUGUGCCCUGUUUUUUGUGAUAUUUAGUUGAGGUUGGGUGGGGGAAGAGGCACAUUUUAGAAACUUUUCUUUCAGGAUAACUUCCAGUCAGAACUACUGAAAAUUUCAACAGAAACUGCUUCCAAUUAUAUUUGUAUACACCAUAUUGCACUUUUUUUUUCAAACCCUGCAUUUGUAAAACAAAUAUAAAUGACUGUUGUAUUUUAUAUGGAACAUUUGCAUUACUGUCGAUGAUAAUGUGUUGCCCUCUUUUGUUGAGGCUGCCACAGUAUUUAUGGUAUAUCUAAUAAUGUAAGAGAAGAGUAAAACAUGGUGUCUUUGCUACCUUCUGAACUUAGCUAACACUAUCCAGAAGAAACUCUGUUAGUGGUUUGCUUACUUUGCUUGACAAUGCCAUAGCAUCGUUGAUGCACCAAAAGAAGCAUGUAGUAUUAAAGAAUAUCAUGAAUA